AAAAAUUUUGAUUUCUCUUUUGAUAUUUUUUUCUUUAUUAUAUAAUAGUUUUUAUAAUAUAUUUUGCGUUUUAUAACCUUGUUUAUAUUUUUUACGUGAUAAUUAUUUGUAAUAAUUUUCUUUCUAUAAAUUUGUGUAACGUUACUAUAUAUUAUAAUAUGGAAACUUACGAAAAUCAAAUCAAAUACAACGAUGAUGGCUCAGUAAAUGUACCAUUUGGUCGUGCUGCAGAAUGGUAUAUAUCAAAUGCAAAUCUUUUAAAAAAUUAUCGAUUAAAAAAUCAAAGUAGACAAGUUACUCCUAAACUUGUUAAAGCUGGAAUCUUAACAGUAGAACGUAAAACUAAAACUGGAACGGUAAAAUCAACAAAUCGUAUUGAUGAUGUUUUAGUUUUAACCAGUUUAGGAAGAGAUCUGGUUUCUCAAAUUGAAUUAGGAUUAGCCAAAAACCAACAAUGUUGGUAUUGGGUUAUGUAUUGUUCAGGUGAUGGAGGCAACUGUCAAAGAUUAUGCGGUAGUGUUGGAAAAUGUAAUGAAAAUUGUGAAAAUUAUAAUUUACGAAAUAAUUUGAAAAAUGGAAAUGAUAUGCACCAUUGUAGUGUCAGAGUUAUUUCUGAAUGUCGGUUAUCUUGGCUAUCAUUAGAAAAUCCAUUGCGAAUUACCAUUCAAGGAACUCAUCGUACAUUUUACAAUAAUAAUAUUCCUAAAAUUUCAAGAAUAAAUUUAACUUAUUCUGUCAGAGAUUCGAUAGCAUUAAGCAGAAGAGCAGACUACAGGACAGCCAAAGGGAUAAAAGCGAAAUUAUUAACAUCACUUAAUGGUGCAUCAGAAGAAGUAAUUAACAAUGCAUUAGCAAGCCAACGUAUAAUAUGUAAUAAUGACAAACUCAGGCAAUUUGUUGCCAGAGAUGAUAAGAAAUUAAAGGAUGAUACUGGUCCUAGGACUCAGCUUGAUAGUUUAGUAAAUAAUAUAUUAAAAUCUCAAGGUUUUAUAUUAUAUUAUCAAAUAGCAGACAUUAAUCAACCAGCUGAUUCACCUGACCGAUAUUAUCAACUUACAAUUUCUGAUGAGUUUUGGUUAAAAAAUGCUCGUGAUUACGGUAAAAUCUGUAUCGGAAUAGAUGGUAAAUAUGAUUUAAAUUUGGACCGUGCACCGGUAUUAUCAAUUGUCACUGAGAAUAGUGCUGGUUGCGGAUUGCCUGUUGCAUUUGCGCUAUUUAAUAAGGAAAAUCAUCAUACUAUAAAAUUGGCUAUUGACGCUAUUAAAAAAAAUAUCCCAUGUGAUAACGAGUUCUGUGAACACAAGUGGUACUAUGAAAAUCUUUUAUCUGGAAACGGAUUUCAACGAGUUCGUGAAUGUCAAAACAAUAAUUGGAAGCCAUAUAUCUUAAUUGAUAAGCAUAGACCAUCUAAACUUGCUAUCCAAAAUGCUUCACAUAAACCAAUUUUAUGUUGGUUUCAUAUUAUGAAAACUUUUAGUGAAAAUUUAAAUAAAUGGCAGAUACCUGCAAAAUUCAGAUAUCCAAUAGCAUUAGCGUUUAAAAUUGUAGGUCGUAGUCGAACUGAAGAAACUGCCAUUGAAAUGGCUAAGAAAUAUAUCGAAUUUAUUAACACUCUUCCAUUGGAAAAAACUAAAAAAGAUAAAUUAAUAGAUGAUUUAUCUAAAAAUUGGAUGUGCACGGAGUGGAAAUUAAGUUUUAUUGAUGCUGGUCGUAUUUCCAAAAACAUUACAAACAGAUUUCCAUGGACUACGAACAAUUUUACAGAACGGAUCAAUAGGACAAUUGAAGCAGUAUAUAGUGGUAAACAAACACCAUUGACAUUUGUUGAACGAAUGUAUGGAAUAAAAUUUCAAAGUGAAACUAUUGUAAGUCAUGAAGAUUUAAAUAAGUUUGAAUCUGGUUUAGUUACUUUAUUCAAUACUCAAACGAUUGAACAGCAAACUAAAGAUGAUAUGAUAUGUUGUGAUAAACUUCGAAGAUUAAAUCAAGGAAGAUUAGAUUUUCUUCUUAAUAUGGUUAAGAUAUCAUCAGACCAAAAUACUUUUCUUGUUAAAAAAAAAUCUGAUGAUUUAUUCGUAUCUUCUUAUGAUGAUAAGCCUUUGCGUCUAGAUGAGGAAAUUGUACGAAAAUUAAAUGAUAUGAUCAAUUUUCUUAUGAAAUCUUUAUUAUCCGAAAAUGUAAUAUUAGAACAAGGAUUUCAUAUAUGUAAUGUUAUUACUGGUGAAUGUACAUGCUGGGAAUACAUAUGGAAUAGUUCAUUACGUGAUAAAUGUAGGCACUGUCAUGCAGCCACUUUGCUUAUAGAAACACAACAAAAAGGACAUCUAGAAGUUGUAAACGAAGCAAAGAAAAAUCUUGUUCUCUAUUUUCGUAAUAAGGAACGAGUAGUUCCCGCGUCUAUAAAAAAUAAUGUAAUAUAUCAAGGUGACAUGGAAGAUUCUUAUCAAGAAAUUAUUAGAUUAUAUAAUAUGCAAGGUAAGAUGUUUGAAAUAAUUUUUUAAAAAUUAUUAUUGUUAUUUAUUAUAUUAAUCUUACUUUUGCUCAUUAGGUAAUAAAAUAUUUUAUCCACUUAAACGGUCAUCUCAGGAGAUUAAAGAUCCAUUUCGGCCAGCAGAAUUAAGUGAAAGAACAAAAUCAAAUUUAGGCGCACCUCCUAAAUUAUCUGCUAAACCUCGAUCGUCCCAUAGAAUAAAUUUACCAAACCAAUCACAAUCUGGUAAUACGUUUUCUAUACAACAAAGGAAAACAAAACAAAUUCGAAAUCUUAAACGAAAACGAGAAGAUAAUUUAUCUUCAAUUAGUACUGAGAAGUACAUCUUCAUUUGCAUCAUCAUCAUCGUUUAUAAUGCCAAGCCCACCCCGCAAUGUAUUUCAAUAUCUUCCAGAACUGCCAUC